UCCUACUUUCAUUCAGAGAAGACGCAGAGAUGGUCAUGAUGACAUCCGUCGACUUUGAGAGGAUGGGGAAGGCGACAUUGAGAACAAGCAGCUUCAAGAAAAGGGAUUCGGAGAACAGUGCGUAUGUAUCCGAUCAUGAGCAAGAUAAUGUCCUUGUUGGAGAGUCUAUAAGCUUCAAGAAAAAGAAACCCGGGAAGCUAGAGCUCCAAAUGACUAUUCCAGCACUGGAUAUCAUGAACAGAAAGAUUUCUGAUUUAGGUGGAAAUGAUGAAUUGGUUAACAAAGCAAAUUCUAUCACAUUUUCCUCACCAGAGCAGGAAAAAUUCCUGUCUUCCAGGCCGGCUAGCGAGCUUCAUGCAGCUGCUACUAAGCUGCAAAAAUUCUACAAGAGUUACCGGACUCGAAGAAACCUUGCAGAUUGUGCUGUUGUUGUCGAGGAGCUAUGGUUUGUUCUCUUAACUACGAUCAUUUCUUUCUUCCAAUGCAAUUAUGGGUGGAAGGCAUUAGAAUUUGCAGCUCUGAGAAGAAGCUCUGUAUCGUUCUUUAAUUCGAAAAAAUCAGAAACGGCUGUUUCCCGUUGGGCACGAGCUCGGACAAGAGCGGCCAAGGUUGGGAAAGGCUUGUCAAAGGACGUGAAAGGUCAGCAGUUGGCUUUACGACACUGGCUUGAAGCUAUUGAUCCACGUCAUCGUUACGGUCACAACCUACAUUUGUAUUACAAUAUCUGGUUUGAGAUUGGGAGUUCUCAACCCUUUUUCUACUGGUUGGAUGUUGGAGAUGGCAAAGAAGUUAAUAUUGACAAAUGCCCAAGGACUGAUCUACAGCGUCAAUGCAUCAAAUAUCUUGGACCGAAAGAAAGGGAAGCAUACGAAGUAGUUCUGGAGAAAGGGAAGCUGAUUUACAAACAAAGCAAAGUGGCAGUUAACACCAUAGAGGGAACCAAGUGGAUCUUUGUUCUUAGUACAUCAAGAAUCCUAUAUGUUGGGCAGAAGGAGAAGGGUCUGUUUCAGCACUCGAGUUUCCUAGCUGGGGGAGCCACCAUUGCGUCUGGCAGAUUGGUUAUUCUUGAUGGAACUCUUGAUGCUGUCUGGCCCUACAGUGGUCAUUAUCGCCCGACCGAAGCAAAUUUCGCGGAAUUAUGCCGUUUCUUGGAGGAACAUCAUGUUGACUUGACAAAUGUCAAGAAAUAUGCCAUGGAUGAUGAUGUGAUCCUCAGUCAAGUUAAAAUUCACGAGGAACUGAAACCAGAGUCCGUAAAAGAAACGACUGAAAACAUGCCAUCCAACAAUGGCGCCGAGCCAAUUCAUGCAAAUGGGUGCACCAAAGACCAUAUAAUUGGAAAAAAUGAGAAUGAAGGAAAUACUGACAGAAGCAGAUUAGUUGACAAAGCUGCAGCGCAUGACUUGGGGAAGCCUGUGAAAUCCAAAUGGUGUACAGGAGUAGGUCCUCGUAUCGGUUGUGUCAGAGACUACCCAGCACAGCUACAAUUCAAAGCACUGGAACAGGUUAAUUUAUCACCAAGGGUCAAGGCAGGGCAUCCUUCGGUGCCUUGUGCCCCAAUUCCUUCUCCCAGACCAAGUCCAAAACUUCACUUAUCUCCUAGGCUUGCCUGUAUUGGACUCGUUAGCCCAAGGGUCCGGGUUCCUGCUUCUAAUUAAGCGCAAUUCACCAACUCACUAAAUGAUACCUUCUUCUUUUUUUAAGGUCCAUAGGCCCUCUUUGAG